GCUCCCGGCACGCCCCCCGAGGGACGUCGCCGCGACGCACUCGGCCCGCAAUCAGUCAGUGUUUUCAGUUCCCCUCGUGUUCUCAGAUGGUGUUAGAUCAAAUGUGUUUAGUUAUGGAAGACACAGGUCGCCUUUUCCUGGGCUACCGCGGCGACUACCACAUAGCGCAGCCCCACGCCGGCCCGGCGGCGCCCCCUAGCGCCCCCAUGCUCACCCCGUUCGACGCCCCGCUGGACCUCCGCCCGGCGCCCCCCGGGGCCCCCGCCGAGGGCCCCCUCACCCGCGUCCUCCCCAGCGUGGACGACGAGUCCGAGGACAUCAACGUCGACUCGGACGAUUCCAGCGACUCCUCGCUCAUCCAGACACAAGGCUUCCAGCGGCACUACGGCCAGACGGACCCGAAACCCGGCGACGAAGACGGGGCCAGCCCCGGACCCGACGGCGACGACUGCGACAGCAAGAAGGGCUCCUCCAACUCACUGGUAAAACCACCCUACUCCUACAUCGCGCUCAUCACGAUGGCCAUCCUCCAGUCCCCGCACAAGAAGCUCACCCUCAGCGGCAUCUGCGAGUUCAUCAUGUCGCGCUUCCCGUACUACCGCGAGAAGUUCCCCGCCUGGCAGAAUUCCAUCCGGCACAAUCUCUCGCUCAACGACUGCUUCAUCAAGAUCCCCCGGGAGCCGGGCAACCCCGGCAAGGGCAACUACUGGACGCUGGACCCGAUGGCCGAAGACAUGUUCGACAACGGGAGCUUCCUCCGGCGUCGCAAGAGGUACAAACGCCAGCCACCGGACUUCCUCUUGCGCGAGCACCACGCCGCUGCGGCCAUGGCCUCCUUCCUCGGGCCGGACCCCUAUCACCCGGCUCUCCUCGGCCACCACCCCCCGCUCCACCACGGUCCUUACUCCUAUUUGUCGCCCCUGCCGCCGGCCGUGCCGCUUCUCCCGCCGGCCGAGCUCGCCAGGCUGUCCAUCGGGCUCAACCUUCUGUCCAACUCGAACCAACCCCUGAAACCUAUCCCUGUCUCGGCCAACCAGCCGCCUACCACCCGCACGACGCUCUCCAAGACCACGUCCGGCUUCAGUAUAGACUCCCUCAUCGGGAAGGGCGACUCCCGCGAGGAUAUGAAACUCAAGACGCCCAAACACGAGCCGGUCGCCCGGAGUCUGGAUUCGGCUUUCACGCCGCUGACCACUUGGGACAGGUGAAACUUGUCCAGGUCAUUGACCUGUGCGCGACCUCUUCCGUUUGACUGUGAUAAUUAUAAAUGAACUUACCGUGUAGUCUCUAGCUUUUUCGACCCGUGUAUAGUCUUGUAAAUAGCGUCGAGUCUAGUGAAUAGUGCAAAUACCAAAAGCUCACCUCCCGUCGAUAUUACCAAGUUUUCCCAUUCAAACGCUCUUGGAAAUAGUCGGAAAAGUGAAAAGUGUAUCCAAAAUAAACUUUCGCGUGAGCGGUUACUUCACAAUUAUCUUGCCCGUGGAUUUCUCAUCAGUCUGUUACGACACUAUGGAGUCACUUCUGACAAGAUGUCUCGUCACUCGCUUCUCAUCAAAUUACCAGGAUCAGAAUGUCUCAUCUACAGGCAAACAACCAUAAUGGACACUCCUCCGAUUCUUCCCGGCCGACCAUCAUCCACUGAUCUGCUUCUUUUCCGAACUGAAACUGAAAUCUGUUGGAAACCAGUAAGAUUUAAGUCAUUUAAUAACCAUUUCUUGAUUUUAUCUUUUAAUUUUUGCAUUUCUUUUUUUCUACUUCCGAGAGUGCAAUGCAGAAGUCAAAUACUUUCCCGACUCUUCUCAUUCUCCUAAUGGUUCUUCCUCGUUGUGAGGAAUCAUUUUCAACUAUUCAUACUAUAGUAUCAUUAUUCGGUGUAGGAAUCAUUCAUUCCUAAAAUAUGACGCACUUCGUAAAAAAAAGAAGAAGAUAGGAUUGGUUCAUUUUACUACUUUUACACCUGAUUUUCGUCCUUUUAAAUCUGUUUAAACCCUCAUUCCAGUCAUAUUUUAAAAAAAGUAUACGAUGAGUUUAUACAUUUUUGAAAAAAAUUCUGCCUGAAUUUAGGUUCGUCACAUCGGGCUCUCAUGUCUGAUACCAUCAAUGAGUCGAAUUUUUUAGCACCUGCCUAUCAUUAAAUGAAGGUCAAAUUGGCUUUUAUACGCACAUGACGAACAAAUAAAAUUGAAAACCGAGAAUAUGUUUCGAGUCACUGUCAAGUUCUUCUGUUCUUAAAAUUUCAAUGUCUCAUAUAGCCAUGAGAAAUAAGUACAAAAACUCCCGUCAGUAGGUAAUUUUGAGAUGGCCGAAGUCAAUCAAUCCGUUAAUUGUAGGCAUGAUAAAUAUUUUACUUGCCUUUGGGAAAUACACCAUUUAAUGGCAUCGGGAAUAGCAUAUCACUACACCUAUAUUGAUGAUGAAACUAGAGAGCCCUGUUUCUCUGUUCGUAACGAGGAAAACUUUCUGUUACAUUUCAUUGACACUGCAACCGUUUUUGCCUCGUUUCUCUCUCCUAGAAAUGUAUUCUAAAAAUUUCAUGCAAAAAUAUCAGUUUUAUAGUUUUCCAUAGAAAGUAAGAGAGAGCAGAAUUUUCGCAACAAUAUAAUUUAUAUUUUUCUGCGAUUUGCAAGGUGAACAUAGAA